AUGCCUAGCAUUCUUUCGUCUAGCCCAUCUGAGGAAGAAACGCCUUGCCUCACAUUGCCUACCGAAAGUCGGGGACCAUGCGACUUAUGUUCGUCCAUAUCACGCUCUGCAGACGAUGAGGAGAUAUAUCCAGCCCUCCACACCGAACCCACGAGUACUAUGAGCCUCAGGCCUGACAGGGAUGCUGAAGAUAAGCACGGAUGCUGGUACGAAGAUGCGAAGACCUGGCGUCCUACAUGGCUUCGGCCCGCGGUGUUACUGACGUUCUUUGCCUUCUUCCUUUUUUCUACCAUCACACUCCCGGCCAUGUUUUAUGUAUCCCUGCGAAACAAUGGACUCGUGGAAACGCGAGAGAGUCUCGUUUACCUUUGGCGUUUUGGUCCAACAGCGGUGCUUACGCUCAUAUCCAUUGGCUGGUCGAGGGUCGAGAUGCAAACGCUGAGGUACAUGCCAUGGGUCGCCUGCAGCCAAGAAAGUUCGUCGAGUAGAAAUUCUGACAAUGACGAACUUGAUUAUACCGCAAUGUUUCCGCCAAAGGCUUGGACAGAGUCUUGGAGAAGAAAGCAUUAUCUCCUCUUCAUUGUCGCCGUUAUUUCAAUUACCCUAAAGAUUCAGAUUGUUCUCGCCCCGGGCCUGUAUAGAAUUGAGACAAUCGAAGCUGUUACUCCAAUCGAAGUUGAGAUUCUCGACUCAUUCAACACAACCAUACCGGGUUGGCAAUCUAGAGAUACUAGGCCAUAUUAUAUGGCGCAAGCCAUCGGCAACUUCGAUAUGGGCUAUCCAUUUGGAGUCAACGAACAGAUAUCAUAUCAGACAUUCCAACGAAGAAGUGGCUCUAGAGGCACAGUCGAUGCACCUAUCGAAGCUACCGUGGCUGGUCUUUCGACGGAAACGCAGUGUCUAAAGCUAGACAACUAUUCCUACUCAGGACUUACACAGGAUGCCAACGGAUUCUCUCUGUAUUCUGUCAGAGACCUGGAGCUACAUUUCAAUGGCUGCGAGGAGCCACUAUCGAUACCUGGAUUCCAGAAUACCACCAACUAUUACGGCAACACUACUGGAAACUUUUCUCAUUGGGGAAGCCAUUCUGCUUUGAUCAAACCAACAUCAUGUGCAGGACUAUCUCCUGAAUUCAAAUACUCUUUAUAUUAUGCGGCUCGCUUCGAAAGACCCUCAAUAAAUUCUUCGUCGUUGGACUUUGAUCUUGCAGCAGUCCUCUGCUCUUCUGGCUUGUGGGUCUCAAGAGUCAAGGUCACCGACAACGCUACAAUGCCGCUAGUUGAAGUACUACCGGACGCGGACAGAUACCCAAUCACCGCAAAUCUUUGGACUCUUAUCGAUAAUUCCGUGCCUUCGGGCAGCUGGAACGAAUCGAGCAUCAAUUGGGUGUCGGGUCCAGUUGAGACUGCUUACAACUUUUUCGGCAACUUUUCAGGAAUGCACGUAGACUCAUCGGACGCUUCUCUAUACACAAGUGAAGUGCUUUACCGAUCAGUCAUGGAUAUGUCUCGUAUUCUUGGCCCCUGGGUUGGAAACUAUCGUCUUCGGCACAGUAAUGACCAAUAUCUCAAUGCAACUGGGGCCGUUUUCACGAGAGUGACCAAACUCAUGGUCAACAAGUGGACUUGCGUAUCCAUGACAACGAUCUUUGGACUGAAUAUCCUCAUGGUGGCUCUUGUACUUCUCCCAUACGGAAACAUGACUAAGAUAUGGUACCGAGAUCCUCUCACGAUCAUUGGAAAUGUGACGUUUCUCCAACAUCUCAGAACAUCCUCAGGCGGAAGAUCAAAAUAUAGCCCCGGGCUCGAUGACAAAGCAACCAAAUGGGGCAACUGCGACUUUACACCUCUUGUGCUGAGUACUCGGGCUCGAGCAUCAGCGAUUUUUUUCAUCGUUGCCGUUAUAACGGGACUCUGCUAUUCUUUGAAGACAUCUAUGGAAUAUCAGGGAAUUGCGACAGUGAAUGAAGAGGCAGGUUAUGCAUAUCUGUUAUGGACUUCUGUCCCGACACUUAUCAUGCUCAGUAUUGCGCUUUACAUCAACUCUUGCGACUUCGCAUACCGAGGUCUGGCCAUACUAUCCGCUCUUUCUACCAAAUCUUGCAGGGCUGCAGAAAUGGAUUCAUCGUUCUCGGAUAUGCUAGGUCUACGAGUACUCUACUACUCACUACACGCAACUAUCGGAACUGUAACCGUAACGCAGUUCCUUGCAAUUAUCUGUGGUUUACUCACAACUCUGAUUUCGGUUGUGUUUACCGUCAAGACAAUCCCAGAGGCGAGCACCAUCUCGUUACAACAGAAGACCUGGUUCGGGUCUGGGGAGGCAGGGAAUGCUACAGCACUCAACUUCAAGAGGCAAAUCUUGAGCAGCCUCAUUCUCCGUCAGGAUGAUGGGCUCUUGACAUAUCCUAAAAACACGUACGAUACUCUGGUCUUCCCAACAUUUAGUACUAGCGAUGAACUAGACCCAUCGCAGAAUAUAUCAGUCAAGGUCAAUAUUUCGGCCGCGAUGCUCAAACCUACCUGCUGGGUAGUGCCUCCAGAAGUUUAUAACCUGACGAACCUGGAACGGUCCGACGACUCCGACGGUACCUUUGCAGCUCAACCCCGAAUCACCGAAAGCUUUACUUGCCCUAAUGGGAGCCAAGCACAGCUCUCCCAAGGUAUCGGUGUCACCGUUGGCGAAAGAAGGUCCGAGUACCUGUACUUCGCAACAAGAUUAUAUUCUCCAGAGAACCCAGCCACCGCGAACAGGUCUUGUAGCUUGGGGCUCCGCGAUACCGAUGCCAUCCCGGCUAUAACUAGAUUUCAGACUUACGCUAUGGGAAAAUACUCCCAAGAAGAAGAGAAGUUCUUGCAUUUCUCUCUUACAAGAUGCCAGUAUUCCUGGGUUGAGUUACCAACCGAAGUCAAUUUCACUUUUAGCCAUGGGGAGUAUGUCUUGAAUUCAGGGGAUCUACCACGUCCGGAUGAGUCUCAAGCUCAGUCUUGGAGCAUACCUUUCAACAUACCAGACAUCGAUAACCAGUUCAAAGCCAGUGCCGUCACCCAAAUCAACGAUGCAGUUCCCCAAGUAGCAGUGAGCGACCCUUACGCAGGGUACUUCGACUCCUGGUUUAGGACAUUGUCUUCCCCAUUCGGUCGAUUUUCGUUGGAUGCGUUCGGGGACCCAAAUUUCCAGGAAGAAAUCCUUAAAGACAUACACCAUUUAUAUGGAUUCCUUGCGGCUCAACUAGUAAACCUUGAGAAUCGCAUUGACAUCACACAGAAUUCGAAAGACAGCCCUCCGCCAACCCCUUUCAAUCUGACUGCCAACGUUAUCAACCUCAGUCGUCACCGCCUUGUCCAGGAUCCGAUAGUCACAUACCUCAUUGUAGGGAUUUUGACAUUGACGGCACUUCUGAGUCUCUUGAUGUUAAUCUCGGAUUCGCUCGGCACUGCCUCCUCAAAAUCGCAACUAUUCAGCAUGAGAAUCGAGGGUCUGGCACCAGACGGAUACAACAGUAUAGCCGCAAUGGCCGCCCUCCUCAAAGACUCAAACGCAAUGGACCACCUCCCCGAAGGCGCCGAACACAUGUCCAAGAAAGAACUCCACGAAAAGCUCUCCGGCCUCCGCUUCCGAAUGGGUUGGUUCUGGCGCGAGAGUACACGAACGCGACACUACACCAUUGGCGUCCUGGACGAUGAGAACUUUGAGUAUCUAGGGAACAAGGAUGAGAUUGCGAGAGAAGAUGCGUUAUUGAGACAUCCUCCUGAAUGA